AUGGACCAAGCACUCCGCGGACCAGGUUUGAAACCCCUCAUUGGACCAGCAUUUGAUGAGUACCGGAGGCUCACCAAGAACAAAACAUUUAGUCACCGAGCAGCUGCAGAUCAGUUAGCCAAGUGUAAUAUCCUCUCCCUUGGAGAUAAACCGAUUACUCACCAAAAUGCGGCCUUCCAGGGUUAUGCCGAUAUCCGCAAGGUCAUUCUGAAGGAUACAUAUCUCAAUAAUGCUUACUAUGAUUCUGAGAGCCGAGUCGAUGCCGCCAAGGCCAUGGUUGCCGAAUCCCGAACAAAAGGAACCCAGCUUCGUUACCUUGCUGUUGGAAAACAACGGUCAAACCCUCAAGUGGCAAAAUGA